AUGAACCAAAAUGAAGAAGAAGAGCAACAACAAAAGAAGGAUGCAACUAUUUUCUCAAGCAUUGUUGAUGUAAUAUCGAAUGCAACUCAAUCAGCUACACUUGAAUUUGAUAAAUUCUGUGAGACCAUCGGAUGGAAGCCUACUCAAAAACCAGUUUUCAAGCACAAUAAACGUGACGAACCACGCUUAAGUACUGUUAAAAGCAUUCAUGGAAGAAUAUUAGAGGAUCGAUAUCGUCGUACGUAUGCAAAGGAUGCGGAAAUUCAAACAGACGAUUUGCCUGAGGAAGAAUUGGAUAGAUACAGUAGUUACAAAGCGGAUAUCAGUAGCUUGGCUGUAGAUAGGAGGAGGGAACUGUAUGAAGAUGAGGUUGAGUCUGAAAGGCCAAAGAAGAUGAUAAAGAGGGAUACCUCAUCACCUCAGCGAACAAGCUAUGUAUCGCCUAUUCGCAGGUUUAAAGAAAACCGUAUACGUGAACCAAGCACGAGCAGCACACAUAGCAACAACAGCCUUUCAAUAUCUGCUCCACCUAACCAACGACAAUCAUUUAUGGAGAGCGAUCAUGAUGCAGUGCGGCGGAAUUCAGAUAUCGUAACGGGUCAAAAGACAGUGAAGAGAUUAACGUCAGAGCUGGAAAAGAAGUUUUCCAUGACCCAUCCGCCUACGUUCAAGCGUCCCAAGAUAGAAAGCAGGAGUGAAUCAUUUACACCACUUGUAAAUAGAGAUGUCAUAAUGGAUGAAGUCAGAACAACAACAGAGCCAUCGCCACCUCCACCUCCACCUCCUUCGUCCGUUCCUGAGCCUUCAGCACCAAAGAAUAAGCAAUCCAUGACGGCUUCAGAGCAAUUGAGAUUGGAAGAAGAGCGCAUGCAACUGCUAGAAAAGAAGGUGAACGACAUUAACCAUCAGAUUAGUAGUUUCGUGUCUCCAGAUCUUGAUGAAUCACCCAUUCCCUCUAAUGCUGCUUCACCACGACCAAUGUCAGUAUCACCCAGAACCUACUCUCCUGCAAAGCCGACUUCAAGCCCCAUAUUUAACAGAAACUUUUCCGAACGUCUACAUAUAUCAAAGCCAACUUACAAUAGUAGUGGUAGUAGCAACAGCAACAACAAUUCUACUCCUAUUAGGAACACAAGAUAUAGCACGUCAAGCCCCGUGAGAGAUGUCUCAAGAAUGAGCUACACACCAAGCCCAAACAGAGAUGUUCAAAGUCUUUUUAGGAAUGCAUCCUCACCUAUACCUAAGCCUACUGAAAGACACAUAUCCAGUAUGCGUGUGCUUAUUCAGCAAAUACCUUUUAUUAGUUUGAGGAAGACUGAUAUAAUCAUUGGACCAGAUGGAAUGGAAAAACCAAACCCAAUAUGGCAUGAGAUCUAUGGAAGAAAACGUAUAUGA